AUGAAAGACUGUUGGUUGGAUUGUAAAGACUGCUUUUGUGAUAUUUUAUUGUAUAUGAUCACGUUUGCUGGAACGAUCGUUUUACUAAUUACAUCAUAUAUUUUACUAGAAGGAUUUCAUCCACUCAUAAUAGCUGGAAUAUUCAUCAUUAUAAUCAUCGUUGCAAGUUCAAUAGUUCUGUUCAUUUCAAACUGUAGAGAAUCACCUGACAACAAUGCUUAA